AAACAAAUCAAAUGAUUUGCAGCUAUUCUUUAGUCGCCACCGCCUUCGUCACGGCGUGAGACGGAAACGUCAUCACUCUGCGUCGCAGCCCGGCUGGAAUCAGCGUGUCGCCGUAAAUAAACGGCUGAUGGUGUCUCCGGUGAAAUAUGUCGGUGUUUCAUGAUGAGGUGGAGAUUGAGGACUUUGAGUUUGACGAGGAGACGGAGGCCUACUACUUCCCUUGUCCUUGUGGAGACCGCUUCUGUAUAACCAAGGAGGACCUGGAGAACGGGGAGGAAGUGGCCACAUGUCCCAGCUGCUCACUCAUCAUCAAAGUCAUCUAUGAUAAGGAACUUUUCAUGUCUGGAGAAACUGUCGAAGCUCCAUCAGAACCUAAACUGCAGCGAGUUCAGACCUGAACCAGAACCUGGACUCGACUCAAAGCAGCCGACAAAGUGGAAACCUCACCCUGCAUGUCUGCUGGCGGUGCGUUCGGGUUCCACUGGGAAACGCCGGACUUCUCCAGGAUUCCCUGAACCCGUUUGUUCAGACCAGAACUGCGUCAUGUUGGCACCGAGCGCUCCGUUACACAGCAGCCAGAUAUAAUACUGUGUUUUUAAUAAAUCUGGUUAAUGUGG